UAUCAGAUUUUCCACUUCUUGAAUAUUCACUUGGCACUAGUGUAAAUUUUUUGGAUCCACCUCCUAAGCCACUUUACUCAGAUGUUUUAAAACAUGGAUUUUCUAGUAUGAUUUUGGAUAGCAGUUCCAGUGUUUUGGAUGUAUUGGAUUUUCCAGCUCUCGAAUGUACUGUCCACACUACAUCAGGUGUUUUAAAUUCUACUGGAUCUCAACUUCCUGAUACUGCAGCUAUUUCUGAACUUCCUGGAAAUUCAGUGUCUAAUUCUCAACCUGCAGGCUCUUCGGAUUCCAAUUCAUCAUCAUCUCAUCUUGGUAUCAGUUUCAAUUCUUGUACUUCCAUGUCGAAUUUUCCAGUUUUUAAGGGUUCAUUUGUUUGCUCUGAUUCAGAUUUGCAGAAGGCUACUAUAUCUGUAUCUAAAUUUUCUUUUAUGUCGUUAGUCACUUCUCAGCCUACUGGCUUUUGAGGCUCUGUUUCAUCUACUCAGCUUGUCACCAAUUCCAAUACUUGCCCAUCAGUUGUUGGUUCUUGUGCAAAUUUUAAUUCUUACCAUCCAUAUUUUCAUUUUAACAAGUUUUCUAUUCUUAAAAAUUAUUCAGAAUGUUCUAACAUUAAGUUUGGGGGUGCAAAUGAUUCUAAUCAGGGUGAAAGUAAUGUACAGAAAUCUGAAAAUGGGUAUGUUGAAGAAAACUGCAAAGUUAUUACCUCUGUUAACCCAAAUAUAAAGACUAUAAUUUGUCCAUGUUGUAAGAAAGAUUUCUCUUGUAAAGAAACUUUAUCAAGACACAAACGUAACUGUAAAAUUUUAAAUAAGGAUAAUUUAUGUACUACCAUAAAGAAUGAUGAAAUAGAAAAUAAAUAUCCAAGAACGUGCGAGGUAUGCAUGAAGUCAUAUGCUUCAAGACAGUCAUUUUUUAAUCAUAAAAAAAAGGUGUAAAUCUGUGUCUUCUGAAAUUGAUUCAAAAUCAUAUAUUUGUGACAACUGUGAAAUAGACUGUAAAACCCGCAGUAACCUUUUUCAUCAUAAGAAGUUUUGCUGUUCUAAAAAUAAUUUAAAUAUUCGUAAACCGUGUGUUUUUCCUGAUUGCAAGGCAUCCUUCCAGUUUAUUAGUGAUCAUAAUAAACAUUUGGCUGAAUUUCACAAUUCUGAGAUGGAUGUGAAGGAGCUUACAUUUUCAUCAAUGGUGGAGUUUCAGCUGUGGUUAGAAUGUCAUUCUAAGGAAACAUUCAGUUCUUUUAAGAAGUGUUCUGGGAGUAAACAUAAAGUUAAUAAAGCAUACCAUUAUUAUUGUUGUCACUUCACUGUAACACAAAAAAAAAAAAAACCAGUGCCAAUUUCAAGUAGAAAAAAUCUUAAAGGUUCUUUACCAUUAGGCUUCAGAUGUCCAUCCAGAAUUUUAGUUUCUGAGGAACAAGAUCUUGCGACAGCUAUUUUUUAUUCAGGUCACAAUCAUGAGCUGUCGUUUGAAAAUACCAAAUUUCAACAGCUUAGUCAGAAUUGUCGUGAUCAAAUCAAAACUUAUGCUCAGUUAGGUGUUUCCACCGAUCAAAUUCAAGAAUUUAUCUGAGAUGGAAGUGGAUCACGUGAUAAUAGAGAGAGCUUAAGUAUUAAAGAUAAUUUUGUAACAUGUAGGACUAUAAAUUACUAUGUAAAGCGUGUAAUGAUUUCUUCUCUUAGUGAUGAUUCACUUUCUGUUGCUGCCAUAGUUGAGAAACUUAGGCAGGAAUCGUAUGACCCUAUUCUUAUUUACAAACCUCAAGGAAAACCAACAUUGUAUGGUCCGAAAGGCCUUGACACACUGUCUUUUGCACUAGGAUUGCAGACAAAGGAGCAAAAAGAAAUGAUGAUUAAAGGUUGUAGCAGGAUUUUAUGUAUAGAUUCUACUCACAAAACAAAUCAGUAUGAUUUUUAUUUGCUAAAUUUAAUUGUCCCAGAUGAAUUUGGUAGUGGUUACCCCGUAGCACAUUUUAUUUCAAAUCAGUUGGAUCAGGAUACGAUGUACAAUUUAUUUCUUAGUAUCAAAUGUGUAAUACCUGAGCUUAAUAUUAAUUGUU